UUUAGCAAUCAUGAAAUCCUGGUUGUCUGCACUAGGUGCUGUGCUUGCUUUAGACUCUGCUUGGUUGUGAGUAUGUUUAGGAAAUGGUAGGGGUAGCCCUAAAUGUUCCAUGCUGUUCUGGACACCGGAUCAUGAAGGAAUCACUUAUUUUCCAUCAGAGUAGUAGUUCUGCUACUAAGGAACUAUAUAUACCUGAAUAAAAAUGAGAGGCUGGAAUCAUACAGGUGUGAAGGAAUUCCUCCUGGUAGGAUUAACUGAAAAUCCUAAUUUGCAGAUCCCACUCUUUUUGCUUUUCACUCUUAUUUAUUUCAUCACUUUGGUGGGUAAUCUGGGCAUAAUUAUCUUGAUCUGGUUAAAUGCCUAACUUCAUACUCCAAUGUACUUCUUCCUUGGCAACCUCUCCUUUUGUGAUAUCUGCUACUCUACUGUCUUUGCUCCUAAGAUGCUAGUCAAUUUCCUAACAAAACAUAAGUCCAGUACAUUUUCUGCCUGUGUUCUACAGAGCUUCUCUUUUGCAGUAUAUGUAACCACAGAGGGCAUUCUCCUCUCCAUGAUGGCUUAUGACCGUUAUGUGGCAAUAGCUAAUCCCUUGUUGUAUACAGUCAUUAUGACCCAAAGGGUUUGUAUAGAGAUGGUCCUUGCAUCUUACUUAGGUGGGCUCAUUAAUUCCCUGACACACACAAUAGGUUUGCUGAAAUUAGACUUCUGUGGUCCUAAUAUUGUGAAUAAUUAUUUCUGUGACGUUCCUCCUCUUCUGAGACUUUCUUGCUCUGAUACCCGUAUCAAUGAAAUGCUGCUUUUGAUCUUCUCUGGGCUCAUUGCAAUGUUCACUUUCAUUGUCAUUAUGGUAUCUUAUGUUCGCAUCAUCAUUGCCAUCCAGAGAAUCCACUCAGCUGGAGGAAGUUUCAAAGCCUUUUCCACUUGUGCUUCACACCUGGCCACUGUGACCUUAUUCUAUGGGUCUGUGACUUUCAGUUACAUCCAACCCAGUGCUCAGUAUUCCCUGGAACAGGAGAAGGUCUCGGCUGUGUUUUACACAUUGGUGAUCCCCAUGCUAAACCCACUUAUUUAUAGCCUGAGAAACAAGGAUGUAAAAGAUGCAGCAAAAAGGUCGUUAUGGUGGAAUAGAAACCCCACUUGACUGAGUCCUGAAUGUGGCUUUGUUAACCCAAUAUUUACUUGCAAAUAUAUGGCCUUUCUUUAAAAUUAUAUCAAACAAUUAUAAAUAAAACUAUACUUAAGACACUCUUGUGCAAUUUGGAUCAGGAAUUAUGAGUUUGACUUAAAG